UGGCAUUUGCAAUUCCACCAACUUCCUUGGGAGAUUGCCGGCUCAAUCAUCACUGUCCCGAGGCCUCGACAAGAACAAACCCUGCACUACUAGUCCGUAACAGAAUAUGCAGCUCCACAUAUCGCCCAGCUUGCGCCAUGUCACUGUUCUGCCUGCAAAGGGUGUUAGAGAAUUCAUCAAAGUUAAGGUUGGUUCCAGAAGGUUUUCGUAUCGCAUGGUUUUCUAUUCGCUCCUGUUCUUCACCUUCCUUCUCCGGUUUGUCUUCGUUCUAACGGCAGUGGACACCAUUGAUGGACAAACUAAGUGCUCCACUCUAGGCUGCUUGGGGAAGCAAUUAGGACCAAAGAUACUGGGAAGAAGACCAGAACCAGCUGUAAUCUCCUUACUUAAUGUUCCCCAAGUAUUCUAUCAAGUCCUAGACGAGCCGGCGAGCCAAGAUGAAAUAGAAGGCGAUGAAAUUCCGCAAACAUUAGAAGAUUUUGUUGCUGAAAUGAAGCAAACUAAACCAGAUGCGAAGACCUUUGCCACAAGGCUAAGAGCUAUGGUUAGUUUCCUUGAACAGAGGACUAGGACAGCCAAAAUACAAGAGUUCCUGUACCGCCACGUAGCAUCCAGCAGCAUACCAAAACAGCUCCACUGCCUUGCUUUGCGACUAGCCAAUGAGCACUCAACCAAUGCCAAUGCCCGUCUCCAGCUUCCCUCAGCAGAAUUAGUCCCCGCCCUCGUGGACAACUCGCUCUUCCACUUUGUGCUUGCCUCCGAUAAUGUCCUUGCAGCCUCAGUAGUUGCAUCAUCCCUUGUUCAUAAUUCCUUGCACUCUGAGAAGGUUGUACUUCACAUAAUCACCGACAGAAAGACCUUUUCUCCUAUGCAAGCUUGGUUCUCAUUGCACCCCUUGACACCUGCCAUCAUUGAGGUUAAGGCACUGCAUCAUUUUGAUUGGUUUACCAAGGGGAAGGUCCCGGUGUUGGAAGCCAUGGAAAAAGACCAGAAAGUGCGGUCACAGUUCAGAGGCGGAUCUUCUGCCAUUGUUGCAAGUAGUACCGAGAAACCUAAUGUCAUUGCGGCAAAGUUACAAGCGCUUAGUCCCAAAUACAACUCGCUAAUGAAUCACAUUCGAAUAAAUCUACCGGAGUUGUUUCCUAGCCUUAACAAGGUCGUGUUCCUGGAUGACGACGUUGUGGUUCAAACAGAUCUUUCACCUCUAUGGGACAUCGAUAUGAAUGGCAAAGUAAAUGGGGCAGUAGAAACAUGUAGCGGAAGUGACAAGUUUGUGAUGUCAAAGAAAUUGAAGAGUUACCUGAACUUUUCUCAUCCCUUGAUAGCAAAGUAUUUUGACCCCAAUGAAUGUGCAUGGGCCUACGGAAUGAACAUCUUUGAUCUAGAAGCCUGGAGGAAGACAAACAUAAGCGACACAUACCAUUACUGGAUCAAAGAGAACUUGAAAUCAGAUCUAAGUUUGUGGCAGCUGGGGACAUUACCUCCUGGCCUAAUAGCGUUCCAUGGUCAUGUCCAAAUUAUCGAUCCCUUCUGGCACAUGUUGGGGCUGGGGUACCAGGAGAAUACGAGUAUUGCAGAUGCUGAAAGUGCUGGUGUCAUCCAUUUCAAUGGCCGCGCAAAACCUUGGCUCGAUAUAGCAUUCCCACAACUUCGGCCACUAUGGACCAAGUAUGUCGAUUCCUCUGACAAGUACAUCAAAAGCUGUCAUAUCAGGGCAUUAUAGGAUGGAUCUUGAGAGGAAUUUUUUCACAAUAAUGACGAUAAAAAGAUGCAGUUGCAUCUGAUAAAACGAAAAGCAGGAAAGAGUUCUUCACAAAUUCAAGACUCGGAUGAUGACAGCACCAGGCUUCAAAAAUUUUUUGAGCUCUAUCUCCUUGCUUGCAGUUCAGAGUGACUCUAUUAUUAUAUUUUUCUUUUUUCCUCUAGAAAUAAUUUUUUCGACCAUCAAGAGUUUCGUGCACGCAAUAUAACUAGUGCUACUCUGUAAAUAAACUCCAUCUCUGAACUGCAAGCCCUGUAACUUGCUCCCAAGAAACAAACUCAAAAUCUACAAUAACAGGACUGCCAUAUUUUGCAA